CGACCCGAACUCUGGAACCACAAACCCCAAACUCUUUUUACAAAAAGAAUUCGAUUUACAAUUUCCUUUUAUUUCGUCAUUUUCCACGACGAGGAAAGAAUCCCCAUCAUCCACAGCGAGCGCACUUCCCCUGCCAGUUUCCCACCCUUUACCUCACCAAAAAGUUUCCCAAUCACAAUCAAAACCGCCUUCCACAAAUCUUUCGAGCUUCCAUCUCGUCGCCAGAACAAGUUCGAGUUCAAUUUUCGCGUGCUUAACAGACCGAGGACUCGCUCCUCUUGCUGGAGUUGGGAUUCUCCCUGCAUAUCGUGCCGCCGUUGUUUCUGCUGCGCCUGAAUUGCACACUGCUAGGGAUUCUUCCCCUGGAUUCAUGUUGUAUCUAGCUAGAUGGUUCUUGCCCUCCUUCUUCUGCCUUCGCCCUCAAUUCAGUUGGGGCAACUGAUUUCAACACCUUCCCCGCUACUUGUUCUCAAUGAGUUUGCAGUCUGCUUCUGCGAGCUUCGACUUCUCAUCCUCUCUAAAUCUUCUACCCCAGCUCUGUCCCUGCAGGAGUUCGUCACUAGCUGCCUGCCAUCCCGGUAAGAGGAGGAGGGGAGCCAACUUCAGGCGGGAAUCCGGUUCUCGUGCUUGCGCAAUCCCCAGCGAUAGGUACGGUUACGGGAACUGCACUGUCAAUGUAGAUGACUUGGCCAGUUCCGCGAGACGGGGUGCUCAGAGCAUCAUUCUGGAUCGAAUUUCCAACGAGCUGGAGGAUGAACAGGAUGUGUCUUCGUCUUCCUCGGUGCGGAUGGGAUCCAGUUUUUCCAGUUAUCAACAGGAUCCAAUGGUAAAUAAGUUGAGGACUCAGUUGGGGGUCAUUCAUCCAAUCCCCUCGCCUCCCGUUAAUGGGAACAUAGCCGGGUUGUUCGUUGUCUUCUUCUUCGUAGGGGUGCUUUGUGAUAAACUGUGGACCGCGAGGAGGAGGAAAGCAGGGAAUGAAGAUGGCCAGCUCGGGACGUGGCCGCAAGUUCCCACAAGCUUCUCCUUGUUCUUGGAGAAGGACUUGCAGAGGAAGGAGUCGGUGGAGUGGGUGAAUAUGGUGGUGGGCAAGUUGUGGAAGGUCUACAGAGGUGGGAUUGAGAAUUGGAUCAUUGGAUUGUUGCAGCCGGUCAUCGACGAUCUGAAGAAGCCGGAUUAUGUUGAUAGAGUAGAGAUUAAGCAAUUCUCAUUGGGGGAUGAACCAUUGUCUGUCAGGAACGUAGAGCGUAGGACUUCUCGCAGGGCCAAUGACUUACAGUACCAAAUAGGCAUCCGAUAUACAGGAGGUGCUCGCAUGCUUCUUAUGCUUUCUCUAAAAUUUGGAGUCAUACCGGUUUCGGUCCCGGUCGGUGUUAGGGACUUUGACAUUGAUGGUGAACUUUGGGUCAAAUUAAGGUUGAUACCAACCGCACCUUGGGUUGGAGCUGCUUCUUGGGCUUUUGUCUCACUCCCGCGGAUCAAGUUUGAAUUAUCACCUUUUCGCUUAUUCAACUUGAUGGAUGAAAUCCUGAUACAAGUUUCUUCCUUUCUUUUUUGCAUGUUUCCUGCAACAUCAGCUAUUCCCGUUCUCUCUAGGUUCUUGACAAAACUUCUCACCGUGGACUUGCCUCGCUUGUUCGUUCGUCCAAAGAAGAUUGUUUUGGAUUUGCAAAAGGGAAAAGCAGUUGGGCCUGUGGCAGCUGGUUCACAAGCUAGAGAAACACAAGAAGGAAACAAGGAUUUUGUUGGUGAAUUAUCAGUGACGCUUGUGGAUGCUCGGAAACUUUCUUACCUCUUAUAUGGUAAAACUGAUCCAUAUGUUGUUCUAAGUCUGGGGGAUCAAGCAAUACGCAGUAAGAAGAACAGUCAGACAACAGUAAUUGGACCUCCUGGUGAGCCAAUAUGGAAUCAGGAUUUUCAUAUGCUUGUUUCAAACCCUCGGAGUCAAAAACUGAUUGUCCAAGUGAAAGACUCUCUUGGAUUCAGAGAUCUGACCAUUGGUACGGCAGAGGUUGACCUGGUGUCUCUGCAAGACACAGUGCCAACGGAUAAGAUUGUGGUUUUGCAAGGGGGCUGGGGGCUAUUCGGGAAGGGAUCUGCCGGAGAAGUGCUGGUUCGGCUAACAUACAAGGCAUAUGUGGAGGAUGAAGAUGAUGAGAGGGCUGCUGAGUUGGAGUCUGUUGACACAGACACAUCGGAUGAUGAAGUGGACAUUGAUGAACUUGACGCAGUUUACGAACCUGCAGAUCAAAGGGAUUUAUUAAAUGGAACAGACAAAGAAUCCUUCAUGGACGUUCUUGCUGCUCUGAUUGUGAGUGAGGAAUUUCAAGGGAUAGUAGCAUCAGAGACUGGAAACAAUAGAGUAAUGGACAAUUUGUCCAACGGGGGAGCCACGCUUCCUAGGCCCUCCUCCCCAGGUGUGAAUGCUGAAUCCAAUUCAAGCCAGAGUUCCCAAGGUUCAGGAUCUGUAUUGCUGGGACUUGCUGCGAUUACAAGCAUAUUGGUGCUAAUAUCUCUCAGUUCCAGCGGAUCAAGUAUUUUUAACCCUUGAAUGUAGUGGUUGUGACUUGUGAAGCAACCUGGUCUCUGAGCUAGCAGUAAGGGCGGGUUCCAUUUAACUGAUUCGGUUUGAAGAAACGGCCUACUGUGGUGGUCUGGUUUCGAGGUAUAUGUUUGGCAGAGGAAGGCUUUGAUUCGGCAGCAUAUACAAUGCGGAUGGGGUGUUGGAUUGGAUACUAGAGCGUUAGUUUUCUUUUUACCCUGCAAAUCAUUCCGUUUGUGGUAGCUGGUAGGGUUCUAAGAGGGCCUUGGCAGUGAGUUGACUUGUUACAGAGGCUUUUGGUUUUAGUUUUAGUCAUAUAUUUGUAAGGGGAUUAGGGGAUGAUGGAGCUUCCCCACUUGCGGAAUUGGGAAAUGAGAAGGGCCCUGACCAGCUCUUUUUUCAUUAGGAGAAGUUAUUUUCACAGUUUGUGAUCCUUGUAGCGCAAGAAACCUAAAUUUGCGGUUCACCUCUUUCUAAUUGGUUCUUCAGCUGCGCUUGCCUAGCUGGCGUUCUCGGCAGAUGUCGUUGGCCGUUUGCAUUCGAUAAGUGGGGUUUCACACAAGAUAAUGAACAACAGAUAUUGACAAGGUUAUAUCAGCAGAAAUACCAAACCCUGAAUUGGAUCCAGUGAGUUAUGGUGUCGUUGUUAAGUAUAGCUUCAUGGACCUUGCGGUCAGACCAAUACAGGUGUUCCAUGCAUGAAAGAUAAGAAAGUGUCAUCAAAAGGUAAAUGAUCCAAUAGUUUCCCUAAAGAAUUCAAUUCAUCAACCACAUUUGACAGCUUUGGUAACAUUGUUUACAAGAGAACAGACUCUGCUAUAUAUGUGGAGAAGGGAAAUGCCAUAUUGGAUAAUCGACAUGUUGUCCCGUACAAUUAAAAUCUGCUAGUCAAGAUGUAAGCUCACAUCAAUGUAGAAGUAUGUUACAAAGGAAAACUCAUAAAGUAUAUUUUCACAUAUGUUACUAA